AUGGCGAUUACUGGAGCACGUGUGGGCAUUGAAAAUAUUUUUGACACCCCCGACGCCCACUCUCUGCUUAAGAAGCUGGAAGCAGAUAUAACUCAGGUUUUAGAAUCCCCCUGGUCGUACAUGAGGCAUGGGAGCUCCUCAAUCUACGGCUGGAAGAUUUGCCCAUCAUGGGACGUGCAGCCCAAGGAUUUGGAGCAGCAUCAUCUCGAUACUUUCGACGGCAUUGAAAAUCGAACUGAAGACCUUUUCUUCGUUAUCUUGGGAGACGCGGUUAACAUGGUCAAGCAUCCCACGAUUCUUGAUCUACUCCUGUCAUCGCCAGAUAUGUGGGUGUUGUCCACUGCAACAGGACUACCCAAGAGGCAGCCAAAGGCAGAACGUGCAACAAAACUUGCAGAAAAAAUGCGACCGAUGCGGGGAAAGUCGCCAGAGGCACAAAAUUUGAAGACUAAGCUGCUCAAGCUGCACGGAGGGCUCGAGGGAAGGAUGAUCGUGGAGGGCUCCCAGUUCUGGGCCACCGCCGAGGCUGAACUUGAGGGCGCAUUAGCGGAUACAUGGGGUGAAAGUGACAUGGCCGAGAGUAAUGCAAACUGCAAACGUGGACUAGGAAAGAGUUUGAAAAACCUGCGCAGACUUGAAUACAAUUCGACAAGGGGGGGGGAUGCCCUCUUUCACAGUACCUUCAAUAGCCGGAAGGGGGUUUUGAUAGCAACCGUACACUAUAAGAAAUAUAUCUCCAAGGUUACCGGCCGCAAAGGCCUCGCAAUUGGCCGUGCCACCGCCAAGUCGUGGACUCGGGCCCAAGUGAGCAAGAAGACGAUCACAGCAAUGGUAGACCGGUUUGGACGGCAGAUUUCACAAGCCUUUGCAGGGGAGGCUGGGAAUAUCCUGCUCUAA